AUGGCGGCCAUGGCGGCGGCUGCCGGAGGAGCCGCGGCCGGAACCGGGGCGGGCCCGGGGGGUCCCGGAGGAACCGGGGAUCCUUCCCCGCCUUACGGCAACGGCCUGGGGGCGGCGGCGGGGCCGGAGGAGGCGGCGCUGGGAGAAGGGGGGAGCCGGGGCCGGGGAGGGAGCGGCCGCGGAGGGGCCGGGGGAGGGCCGCCUCACGAAACCGCCGGGGAGGAGCUGGAGGAGGAAGCGGGGCUGGGGGAAGGCGAGGCGGGAGAAGCCGCCAUUGAGGACCCGGAGCUGGAGGCGAUCAAGGCCCGGGUGAGGGAGAUGGAGGAGGAGGCAGAAAAGCUGAAAGAGCUGCAGAACGAGGUGGAGAAACAGAUGAACAUGAGCCCCCCUCCGGGCAACGCCGGCCCGGUGAUCAUGUCCCUGGAGGAGAAGAUGGAGGCCGACGCUCGCUCCAUCUACGUCGGCAACGUGGAUUACGGCGCCACGGCCGAGGAGCUGGAGGCGCAUUUCCACGGCUGCGGCUCCGUCAACCGCGUCACCAUCCUCUGCGACAAGUACAGCGGGCACCCCAAGGGCUUCGCCUACAUCGAGUUCUCCGACAAGGAGUCGGUGCGAACCUCCAUGGCGCUGGACGAGUCGCUCUUCCGCGGCCGACAGAUCAAGGUCAGACCCCAAAAUUCCCGGAAUUCCCGACAUUCCCAACAUUCCCAACCCUUCCCUGCUGCCCCUCCCCCACCCGGCCCCGCCCUCCAGGAGCUGCGGGCGGAGCUGGGGGGAGGGGGAGGGGCGGAGCCCAACCUGACCCGGCUGCUGCGGCAGCGCGAAUGGGGGCGGAGCUUCUCCCGGCAGGAGCGAUCCCAGCUGAGCUCCCACUUCCUGCCCAAUCACGAGGCGGCGCUGGAGCCCCACCCCCAGAAGGUUUUCUGCGGAAUCUUCUCGGAAUGCGGCCGGAAAUUCCUGACGGCGUCGCAGGACCACGCCCUGCGGCUGUUCGAGGUGUCGGGGGAGGGGCUGCGGCUCCUCCGGGCCAGCAGGGGGCGCCAGGUGGGCUGGAGCAUCCUGGACGUGGCCUUCAGCCCCGACGGGCGGCAGGCGCUCUACUGCUCCUGGGCCUCGGCCGUUCACGUCUUUGACCUCGAGGGCGACGGCGACGCCCACACGGCCCUGGAGCUCAGACCGGAAGAACGCCGCUUCGCCGUCUUCUCAUUGGCCGUGGGUCCGGACGGGCGGGACGUGGUGGGCGGGGCCAACGACGGCUGCCUCUACGUCUACGACCGGCAGGCGCAGGAGCGCGUCCUGAGGGUCCCCGCCCACGAGGACGACGUCAACGCGGUGGCCGUGGCCGACGCCUCGGGCCAGCUGCUGCUGUCGGGCGGCGACGACGCGGUGGCGCGCGCCUGGGACCGGCGCUGCCUGCCCGAGGGGCCGGCGGUCACUCUGGCCGGACACCGCGACGGGCUGACCUUCCUCCACGCCAGGGGGGACGGCCGUUACGUGGUCUCCAACUCCAAGGACCAGUCGGCCAAGCUCUGGGACCUGCGGCGCCCCUCGGGCGCGGCGGCGCUGGCGGCGGCGCGGCGAGCGGUGGCGCGGCAGAGCUGGGACUACCGGUGGCAGAGAGCGCCCCGGAACGCCCGCCGGGCCACGCCCCUUCCGGGCGACGCGUCGCUGCUGACGUUCCGCGGUCACGUGGUGCUGCACACGCUCCUGCGCUGCCGCCUGGCCCCGCCCGGAUUCGCCCCCGCCCUGGCGGCCGGGAGCGCCGAGGGAGCCGUGCUGGUCUAUGACGUCACCACUGGGCGGGCCCUGCGCCGCCUGACCAAUCACAGCGCCUGCGUGCGUGACGUCAGCUGGAGCCCCGAGGGGGCGUGGCUCGCCAGCGCUUCGUGGGACGGCACCGUCCGGCUCUGGGAUUAUCGCGACAGCGACGACGACGACGACGACGGGGGAGGGGCCUCGGGGGGGAGGGAUUCCACUCCCUGUGCCCCACAGAUCCACUCCAGCCCCAUGGAUUGA